GUCAUCUUCCAUCGUUGAUUAUCCUACCGAGUACGGUCGGCGUUAUCAUGCCUUUCGAUCUGGUGCCUACGUGUUCCCCAAUGAUGAGACUGAAAUGGAACGACUCGACGUGGUUCACACUUUACUAGUCAAGACUAUUGGAAAUCGACUCUUUCUUGCGCCUAUUAAUGAGCACAAGACUCACCGAAUUCUCGAUGUUGGCACUGGCACUGGAAUCUGGGCCAUCGAAAUGGGUGAUCUGUUCCCAAACGCAGAGAUCCUUGGAAACGAUCUGAGUGCUAUUCAGCCACCCUGGGUCCCACCUAAUGUCAAGUUUGAAAUCGACGACGUUGAAAGCGAAUGGAUUGGGGAGGAUAAGUACGAUUUUAUAUUCAGUCGUUAUAUGGCUGGCGCCUUAGCUGAUUGGCCGACAUACGUGAGACGAGUCUACGAGAACCUGAAUCCUGGGGGCUGGGCCGAAUUCCAAGACUGGGAUUACAUGCUCUAUUCGGAUGACGGCACAACUGAAGGCACCGAGCUCCUCCGCUGGAUGGGCUACUUCAUGGAAGCUUGCGAGGUCUUGGGCCGUGAUGGACAGGUCGGGCCGAAGUUGGAGACGCUGGUGAGGGAGAACACCGGACUGAUCAAUAUCGUCCACAAGCCUUUUAAGAUCCCUGCUGGACCUUGGGCCAAAGACCCUCACUUGAAGGAUCUUGGCAUGUGUAACCUCAUUCAAAUGUUGGAUGGCCUGGAGGCUUUCACCCUACGACUUCUCUGUGGCGUCCUCGGCUGGAGCAAGGAAGAGGUUAUCGUGUUGCUGUCGGGGGUACGCAACGAGCUGAAAACCGGAAAAGCUCAUGCUUGGCUGCACUACAAUGUUGUAUAUGGUCAAAACCCAGAAACAGAGGAGGAAUAAUUAAAGCUCAAGAGGAUUGAAAAACACAUAUGAAGCCAUUGGUGGCUCCAUUGGCGUAGAUUGGUAGGCCGGAGUUGAGUUUUUAUCCUGGCACAUUGGUUGGUGUUGGAAUGAAAGCAAAGUAAAAUUACGAGGAACCUUAGCAUCGCAGUAGCAACUACCAGACUUCCGAGCUGUCGAAGAAAUUAUCGAUAGACUCUUCCCAACUACCUUAAGCUUAAUGAUGAUGAAGACAAAGAUGAGCCUUGUGUUACGGCCAGCUAGUCGUAGGGGUAGUUUGCAGAAGUUGAGGCUGCGGAACUGUCAACAGUAAUCGUAGUCGUGGAAUAGUUUUAAGGAAACUAUAUCUAUCAAUCGUAA